AUGUGUCCAGACGUUGGAUUGUGCUACAUCGACGUGCCGACGGAGCCAUAUCUUGUAGCAAUUACAAACAAUACUGUUGUGCAGAACUGGGCCCACCAUCUAGAAGAAGGAAAUGAAGAAAUAGAAUGUGAAACUAAUGACAAAGUUAUCCUCCAUAAACUAGCGUCACAGCUUUUAGAUUCUGAAUCACAUCUUGUCGAGCUCGUAAACAACAUCUUUCUCAUAAACGAUCCACAAAAUGAAAAGGUGUACGAACGUCUGGAUAUGUCAUCAGAGGAGAUUUUCACAAUCACAAAACAGUAUACAAGCUUGUAUCAAGAUGGGAACACCCGAUCAUUUGCCCAGUUUGCCAAAAAAUGUGAUGCCAAAUAUUUGGACGCACAGGUAUCAAAAAAAACGCAACAAAGGUGGUCGAGUUAA